GGAGCCGGCGCUGGCGCAGCGCCCCCGGCAGGAUGACGGAGUACAAGCUGGUCGUGGUGGGUGCGGGUGGCGUCGGCAAGAGCGCACUCACCAUCCAGCUCAUCCAGAACCACUUUGUUGACGAGUACGACCCCACCAUUGAGGACUCCUACCGGAAGCAGGUGGUGAUUGAUGGGGAGACCUGCCUGCUGGACAUCCUGGACACAGCUGGGCAGGAGGAGUACAGUGCCAUGCGUGAUCAGUAUAUGCGCACAGGCGAGGGUUUCCUCUGUGUCUUUGCCAUCAACAACACCAAGUCCUUCGAAGAUGUCCACCACUACAGGGAGCAGAUCAACCGGGUGAAGGAUUCGGAUGAUGUCCCGAUGGUGCUGGUGGGUAACAAAUGUGACCUGCCCUCCCGGACGGUGGAUACCAAGCAGGCUCAGGAGCUGGCAAAGAGCUACGGCAUCCCCUUUAUUGAGACCUCAGCCAAAACGAGACAGGGGGUGGAAGAUGCUUUCUAUACCCUGGUGCGGGAGAUUCGGAAACACAAGGAGAAGAUCAGCAAUGGGCGCAAGAAGAAGUGUUCCAAGAAGAAGUGUGUGAUCCUUUGAAAGAGAUGCAUGUGCUGGUGUGGGAGAGGAGAGGACGUCCCCUGUCCCCUCCUCUCUUGGGUCCCCUUGGCAUACAAAUGAUGGCAGCGGAGAUGGUGGGUUGAGUUUGGAGCAGCUGGACAGAGAACGCAGCAGAGACUAGGCACAUGACUGUUUGCUUUGUGUUGUGGCUCCAUUCACCCUGUGCCCCAAAACUCCAACUCACAGCAAGUUUAAGAACUUGGAAAUGUCUCCCUACUUUGCCUGGCACCUGAGGUUGGGUUGAAUCCUACCUGGCCCAGAAACUCCAAUCCACUUUGCUGACCUGUCUGACAUGCGAAGGAGGCACUGCCUAGAACAGCUCCAGACAGAAAACCAGGCAGUGACAUCUGAUGGGUCCAAGGACUGUAAUUUGUCCUUGCCUGCUCAUAAUCCACUUGGACACAGAUGACAUGCUUCUGGCAUAGUAGACUCUCUCACUCCCGCUCUUUAUCCUGUUUAAUAGCCCUCCCUGAACUCUGUGGUCCCCUUUGGGUAGAUAAGUUCUGUCAGAUUCCUCUAUCUGGAGCUGGGGAAGCAGGUUUUGGGUGGGCUUUUUAAGGUUUCAAGAGGAAGCACUUAUUGUGCUUGGCAUGCUUUUUGCUGCCCCCAUCGAUCAGGGGAAGGCAGGGAGUUGGCCCUUUGGUUGCCUGCAUACUAAAUUGUUAUCCAAAGUGAGCAGAGAUGUUUUUUGUAAAGGGCAGUUACUACCCAGAAGGGCAUUGUCUUGUCUUGUGUUGACAGCCUCUUCCAUUGGCAAGGGGUUUCUCUGCAGGGAACUGCAUGGCCUUUAGAAAGAGAGGCAAAAUCCCUCUUCAUGAGCAGGGUGGAAGGUUAGAGUCCUCCUCUCUACUCCUGUCAGAGCAUAUGGGCUCUUCCUAGGGAGAAAUCGGCUCACAUCUCGAGAGGAGGAGGUCCUGUUGAAUUUGGAAAUGGCGUAGCGGUGCAGGAGAUCUGGUUCCAGGUCUCCCUUAUCCUCUCUUGACGUUGAGAUCCACAUCGCCUGAAACAACAUUUCUGUCCUGCUGUCCCAGGUGAGAUCCUCAAAUAAACCUGUGAAGAAGUUAACCCCA